AUGCCCAGGACAAAAGCUCAAGCGAUACAACAGGCUGGCGCGCCGCCUUCAUGGGACACGCAGACGCUGGUGCGCACUCUUGACGGCCAUGGCUCAUCCCCAGUCAAGAUCGCUUGGUCACGCACAAAUGGCGACUCCUCGCCGCUUCCGCCUUUCCCCUUUCACGUCUAUCUGAUCCGAGGAGCAGACACACUGGCCGCCGAUGAGGUCUUGGCCGACCAGCUUCUAUCCUGUCUCCACAAGCAGCAGCUGGCCGACCCGUGCUGGCAUCUCGAGCUGUUCACUGCCGUUCAGGACAACAUCUUCGCAUGCGUGGACCAUUACGAACAGCAGAAAACUCUCAGGAAGCUGGGUCUCCAGGCACCUUACAUGCCCGACAAGAAUUGUUUCCUGGUCAUUGACGCCGACAAGUGGAAAGAGGAGGGACUGCUAUCGGUUCGAUACACAAAGGAGAGAGACCACCUGCCUUUCAAUGUGACGGCUGAGAGAUAUAAGAGUUGGCAUCAUCUAGCGACUCGCCUCAGAGACGAGUGGUCUGACCAGGGAACGACAACUAUCGAGGAGCUGCUUGAUGGACAGAAUCUUGCUCGAGGCUGGCCGAUUGAUCUCAACCUUUAUCCUGAGAGUGGUCCCGAUCAGACCGUCAAUGGAAUGACGCUUGCUACAUAUGAACAACCAUAUUCGUCCUCGGACCAGCCUGCCGAUGAAGCGCUGGACUUCGAGGACAUCAGUGUACACAUGAAUGGCACCUUCGCUGAGGAGCGCCAAGAUCCUGAAGGUCUCCCCUAUACAGCACUACGGUACGACGUGAGCCAGCCUUCUCGCUUUGUCUAUUACCUCUUUGUACUCGGUCGCGACAUAUCAUCCGAGGACAUAUUGAAAGUCUAUACGCGGCUCAAUACAGGUCUGCUGGCUGACAUAUCAUGGACUCUGCAUUUGUAUCCGAAUACCACCAUGUCUACCGCUUCCUCAAUCUUUGCACGAGCCAGGAGCUCCAGAGACCAAUCGGACACAUCAUCAUAUUUUCCUUCCAGCUAUGCUGGACCUCCACUACAGAUUUACCGAGAUGUAUACAUGUGUCUCGACGCUUCAAAGCCCCAGCCUGAUGGGCCAAGCUUCAUUCUUUCCAAUCCAGGCCCAUCCUCCUCUCCACGACUAGAUUAUGAUGCAGAUGACCUUGACCACAUAUCAACUCAUCAAGACAAGUACGCCGGCGAGCCGGACAGCCUUGAGCUUUACACAUUCAAUCCUGGGUCAUGGGAGCUUGUUGGAGAUAUGCUUCACACCUUCUUCGCCCUCGGCUCUCACACUCAGAGCGUUACUAGGUCGCUGUCCUCCUCCACCAGUCCCCGUAUCUCCCUGCGUAUCUUGGUCGACUCAGAGCUCAGCUCCAAUGCAGCAAUUGCUUCGCCGAUCCAGCUGUUCAUCACUUCUCAUGCUUCAGCACCACUGACGCUGAAUGCUGCGGGCACAAUCUUCGACACAUCAGACUGGCACUCAUAUUUACGCAUCCAUGAAGCCGGAUCCUCUGUAGAGUUGUCGAUUGGCCCUGCGAACAGAAGGCCAAAUCGCGUGUAUUCCUUAGGGGAACGCCUGCUCGACUACGGCUUCACAAAGCGCAUUUGGGACACCAGUGACGAGAUGCCCCCACACCUCAUAACUCUUUACCCCAAUGUUCCACUACAGCUGCCCGUGCAGCGCCCAUUACCCGCCGACUUUGUUGCCAAUCUGCGCUUCGAGGAGAACAAAGACGACAAACGCUUCUUAGACAACCACAAAGCUGAGGGUCAAGCACACUUCAAUACAUCCGACGUUUCCCGACAGAGUUUGUAUGAGAGAUAUCAAGGUAAUUGGGAGGUCGGCAAACGUUAUACUAUUGAGCUACGUGAUGAAGCCACGAUUCCGAGAUGGACUUGGGGUACUGCUGAGGCGCUGCUGGGGCCGUAUGGGUUGCCAGCGCUUGAGAUUGAGGUGGAAGAGGGAGGAAAUCGGGAUUUUGUGCUUGUUGAUUGA